AUGGAUCGAUCAAAUUUUUACAAUAUAACCCAUUUAAGCGUAUCUUUUUUCUUUAUUUUCACUUCUUAUUCUGUUGCACAAACAUUUCAAACAUCAUCUGAUUAUGCUAAAAGUGGUGCCUUUGCAAUAGGCAUUAUUUAUUUACUAAUCUGCGUUAGUAAUGCGGGUUUGUCAGCAUAUAUAAUAAGAUUAUUAGGUGUACGAUUAACAUUAAUUCUUUCGAGUAUAACAUAUGCAUUAUUUAUUGCUUGUAAUAUACGAUAUAAUAUUUGGUCAUUAUACAUAUGUGCAUUUUUACUUGGUUUUGGAGCAGCCCUACUAUGGACAGCUCAAGGUGUCUACGUUACAAUAUCUACAAAUAAACACGAGCAAAUAAAUAAUUUAGUACAAUCAUCAACACGAGGUUUUAUGAAUGGUAUGUUUUUUGGUGUAUUGCAAUUGAAUCAAAUAGUUGGAAAUUUGAUUGCUUCAUUUUUAUUUCGUUUGAAGUUUGACCAAUGGAUUCUGUUUACAAUAAUGACAGUUAUUAGUGGAUUAGGAACAAUUAGUUUAUUAUUUGUACGACCGAUAGAAUUACCAAAAACAACAGAAAAACAAUCAAUUCUAUCUAGUUUAUCAAUAAUUCGCGAUCCUCGUUUUGCUUUACUCAUUCCAACAAUGUGCUAUAGUGGAUUAGCUCAAGGAUUUAUAUAUGCCACUGUACCUCCACUGAUUUUUGAUAAAAGCCAAAAAUUUCUUGUGUUUGCUAUACUCGGCGGUGUUAAUGCUCUUAAUAGUCUCUUUUUUGGAAAAUUGAGUGAUUUAUUUCCUCGGCGUGUUUUCAUUUUUGCUUUUGGUGCAUUUGCUCAUUUAAUUAUUUUUGGACUUUUAUUACUACUAUGGAAACCACCAUUGGAUCAAAAUCGUAUUGAAAUAUUUAUUAUAUUGAUUAUUGGUCUAAGUAUAGGGGACACCAUAUAUACAACAUUAAUAUAUUCUGUCAUGGGUAUAUUUUAUGCAGAGACUCGACCAGCAGAUGCUUUUGCAUGUUUAAAGAUAUUUGUUGCAGGUGCUACAGCUAUCGGUUUUAUUGAGCAAGUCCUUCUUACAAUACCAAUGCAAAUAUUAUGUUUAAUUCUUUCUAUGCUAGUGUCUAUUAUGACGCUUAUUCAUGAACAUUAUUUUGUAGUAUCAAUAGAUACAGGCAAAUCAAGAAAGCCAAUCGAACAGAAAAAUAAAGAAGAAGUAGAAGUGGAAAUAGAAGAGCAAUUACUUUUAACGACAUUAUCAAUUAAAGCGUAA